AUGUUCGUCAUCAGGUAUCGAGACGAAGAGCUGGAGCUGGGAGAGGUUGUCAACUUCCAACUCCCGGUAGAGCUAGACGCGGGCAGACGGUGGCUCGAGGCAGGCCAAACACUGGUGCUGCAGAUGGAGCUCAUGUUUUCGAAGCUUACUUCCCUCGAGGCAGACAACAUCUCCAAGAACACCACGAAUGGUGUGGGUGGGGAGGCUAGCGGCGGCGCAGCCGAGGAAGAGGAGGACGAGGGUGAGGAUGUGCUCGACUUGGAGCCGGUUGCUGUGCAGCGCUUCGAGGCAUCGCUCAGCGCCGGCCAUUGGGGGCUGCACGCUUACGUGCCUGUGACGUUCAGCGGCGUCCAUUUUGUCCGGGUGGAUUGCAUGGUGCACGGGGUUCUACGGAACCUCAAGCUCGAGGCGCCGAAGACCGGCGACGAGGUAGCGUUACGGUCGACCACCGCCGGUGCCCAAGCUUCGCUAGAGGCUGACGUAACAGCCGCUGCGACACAAACAACACAGCGCAAGGCGGCGGCGUUGCCAGGAGCCAAUGAGGAGGCCGAUCUGGAGGAGAGCUCGCCGGUUAGCCUCGUACGCCUUGGGUCGCGGGACGGCGGCGGCAAUAUCAACGCCUCCGCGGGAGCGGCGCGGGGGGCGGAAGCGGAGGAGGCGUGUCCGUCGUCGUCGGCGGCGUUGUCCUCGUCUCCUUCCACGCCCAAGUACACGUGGUUCUCCCUGUACGAUGAGCAAGGAGCGGGAGCCAGGAGGAUGUCCAGCCCGCUAAUCGACGGCUCCGAUGCCGCGGCCAGAGGGAAGGCCGGCUCUGUCGACAACAAUGGCGCCGGCAGCGGCGGGGGUGAUGCUGGGCCUGAUGCGUCCACGCCACCCCCGAAAAGGGCCGAGGGGUCGUGGAGAUGGGGUUGGGGCCGAAAGGGAAGCGCUUCGAAAACGGCGGUGGCGGCGUCGGCGUCGGCGACAGCUAUAGCGAAACCUGGAGAGCAGGAGGGCGCCAAGACCGACUCCGCUGCAGGAGCAUCGGCAGCAGCAGCAGCAGCAGCAGCAGAAGCAGCAGAAGCAGCAGAAGACGAAGGGGCAUUGGCGCCGUCGGCUGGCGAGGAGACCGCUGCUGGUGUCGGCUGUUCCGGUGGGCAAGCCGAGGUGUCGGGGGGCGGCGAGGGCGAAACGGGGGAGGACGGAGAGGGGCGACAGGUGCCGUCGGUGCUGGAAGGCGAGCCGUCUGCCGGAAAAGAGGACGCGGACGGGGCGUCGGCGGCGGUGGCGGGUGAGAGGGUGGCGAAGAGCGUGGAGCGCGAGAGGAAGAGGCUGAGGAGGAAGGACGUCUACUCGUACUUCAUGAUGCCGCUGAUGCGGGCGCUGGAGUUGCAAACGGGCACGACGUUGUGGCUCCGCAAGUUGCUAGAGGCCGACGGCUCUAAGGAGAUACCGGCGUCCGCGGUGCCGCUUUGGGUGCCGCCGGACCCGAGCUGCGAGGAGGACGUAACAAGGGUGCUCGGCCGGCUGUUCGCCCCCUCGACCGACAUCGCAUGCGUUAGCGAGGACGAGCAGGAGCAGGAGCAGUCAAGCCCGCUUGCAGGAGGCAACACCUGUGGGCCAGGUACGCCUAGGACUAAGGGCACUAACGGCGCGCCGCCGAUUUCGGGGGCACCCCACGGGUACUACAUGCCCCCCGCCCCUGCCAAGGUGGCGUACCCGGCUCUGAUUAACCGUUAUUGCGGCGGAGUCAGCAAGGCCCGCAACGGGGACGCGAGCGUAGGGCGGCGGCCGGGCUGGCUGGACAGCGACGACAAGACGUGCUCGGCGCUGGAGCGAGACGUGCACGCCCUGGCGAUGCUGGUGUUCGUGGAGUGGAGGGAGUUCGUCUCCGCGCUCCCUGGGUGUGGCGCGGUGCUCUCGAAGGAAACCUCUGCCUUGUGGUUCGCCCAGCUACGACAGCGCUGGGCGUGCCAAGCGACACUUCACACGUCGUCAGUCACGCAGCCACUGUCUCUGGACCCGGCCGCCGCCACCGCCGCCGCAGAACCGGGCACCCGGCCCCCGUCUCCCGCGCUGGACGGCUUGGGCUGGGCCUCCAAGGUGCCGACCUCGGAGCCAGGGUCUCCCCGCCUGUCACGGCUGGAGCCAGAGAUUGCGGCAGACCAUUUCGGGGUUGCGGUCCGGAUGGCGUGCGCGGACGCCUCGGCCCCUUACAAGCUCCCUCUCCGGGACCAGCACAUGUUUCCGGACGGCGACGUGGGGCUCCCGGUUUGCCUCGUUCAGCGGUACGAGUAUGCCCCCAAGGAUGAAGAGGGCGGCGGCAGCGGCCGCGGUAGGAAAGCGGUGCGGGAGAUUAGGCAGGGGUCGGGCGGCGGUGGUAGCCUUGCGGUGGCGGCCGUGGACAAGGAGAAGCUGGUCGUGGCGAGCACCAGCCCCCCGGUUUCACCGGUGUGGGUGCCCGCCUUCCGUCCGGCUUUCAGGAAGGCGUCCAGCCUCCCGGGCGACCCCGACUCCCCCCCGCCGCCGCCGGUACGCAUGCUGCCGCCCCGGGCCACGGCCACCGCCCCCGUUACCCCCGUCGCGGGGAAGGCGCGCCCCCCGCGUCACGUCCGCGCCGCGUCCUCAUCUCCUAGGGUCGGUGGUGUCAGCGCUGCUGCUGCUGCUGCUGCUGCUGCUGCUGCCGCUGCCGGCGCUCUUUCACCGGGCCCGCGUACCCCGGGUACCCUCAACGUUGCUACCGCCGCCGCCGCCGUCGCCGCCGCCGUCGCCGCCGCCAACCCGGCGCUCACGGACGAGGACGAGGACGAGGACGAGGACGAGGACGAGGAUCGCUCCCGCUCUCAGUCUCCGAUGAAGCCGACUGCAGCGGCGGCGGCGGCGGCGGCCGUCGAGCGGUUCGGGGGAUUGGGCCGACGGGGCAGGUCGAUGUCAUCGUCUCGGCCUGGGAUGCAUGCGAUGGCGGCAGCCGCCGCUACCGGCGGCGGCGGCGGCGGCGGCGGGGACUCCGGGGCGAGAGGCGGGAGGCGGGGAGAGAAGCCUUUCCGCAGUCUGAGCCCGCUGCUCACCAAAGGGAAGGUUUUCUUUUCCCCGGGGGGUAAGGCGCGCUGGCCAUCGUCCAAGUCUCCGGCAAGAAAUCAUGGCCGCUCGCCGGCGGCGGCGGCGGCGACGGCUGGCGAGGGUGCGGAUGACGCCGUUGGUAACGCUACCGCUGCUGCUGCCGCCGGUAGUAGCAGCAACCACGGUGACCGAAGUGAGAAAGACGAGGAUGAUGCGGGUGGCGCAGGCGACGGGAGCAGCGGCGGUGGUAGCAGCCCCGGCGGUUCAAACGACGCCAGCGGAGCCGAAUCCGCUGGCGAAGGCGCGGAGGAGACAACCGACCGUGAUACCGAAAUCCCGGCGCCCGGGGUGGUUCCGGAGGCCGCGUUCACGGACAGCCGACACGUCAAAACGGCCGUGCUCCCGCCCCCGCCCCCGCCGCCCCCGACGCCGUACAGCACGCCACCGCCACCAUCAUCUUCACGGCGAGGGGGCGAGGGGCCGAAGCCCCGCGGCCCUUCGACGCCAGCUAAGGGGAGUGUACUUCAGGCGUCGUCGCCGUUGCGCAAGACCCCGGUGGCGUCCCCGGCGCGACCUCCUCUCAAGCCGAUGGCCGCGGAGCAGCAGCAGAAGCAGCGGGAGCUACGCCGCGAAGGAUCCAGCAGCUCCGCGGCGGGAGGAGACACGGGCGGCAACGGGAGGCGGCCGGGGGAAAGGCCGUCGCUGCUGGACGGGGUGGAGCAGUCGAGCGACCUCGGCGCCUUCUUCAGGCAGGGCGAGGCCGGCGGGAGGCGACGGAGGGGUCGGCGCCUGUCGCCGAGGAGGAGAGGGGCGGGGUCGCUCGCGCCGGGGGUUUUGCGGCGGUCUCCCCCCCGACGGACCCGCGCCUUCGCCGGUGGUGGUGAUGAGAAGGACCAGGAGGAGGACGAGGAGGAGGACGAAGAGGAGGACGAGGAGGAGGACGAGGAGGAGGACGAGGAGGAGGAACAUGGAUGCGGUGCAGGCGUGGGAGUGCACGUGAUUGUCCUUCAUCAUGGCUACUGCGGCUCCUCCAUGGACAUGCGGCUCAUCAAGAAUUACAUCAGGAUUCUUGCGCCAGACGCCCUGGUGCUGAACGCCGAGUCCAACGAGCGGGACCCUCACGCGUCGAUGAAGAUGAUGGGGGAAAAGCUCGCCAAGGAGGUGCACCGGUUUCUGUUGGUCCGAGCGCGGAGCCUUCUCCUACCGGGCGGCCAGGGUCGGCUGUCGUUCAUCGGCCACAGCGCGGGGGCUGUCAUCAUUCGGGUGGCGCUUACCUCUCCAUCCCUGCAGCCGGCGCUGGGUCGGCUGCACAUGUUCGUGUCGCUGGGGUCCCCGCACCUGGGAACGGUGUACGGGGCGAGCGGGAUCGUGAGGACGGGAAUGUGGGCAAUGAAGAGGUGGACGAAGAGCGCUCUCUUGGAAGAACUGAGUCUAACGGAUGCCCCCCGGCCUCGCGAUACCCUCCUGUGUUGGCUCAGCCAGCAGCCGGGGCUGGAGUACUUUCGGCAUGUGGUGCUGGUCUCGGCGGAUAAGGACGGCUACGUCCCAUCUCAGUCUGCCAGAAUACAGAUGUGCGAUGCGUCCCUACGCGAUGCCAAGAGAGAGGUGCCGCACGGACAGGCAAAGGGUGUGGUGUGUGAAAUGGCGAGAGCUCUGCUUGAGCCCAUCAACGACGAAAGCUUGUAUCGACUGCAUCUGUGGGGAGGAGAGAGACAGCCAAACGCCGGGGGCGGGGGAGUGGACGAGUACAUCGGCCGGACAGCGCACAUCUCCAUGAUGGAUUCUCCCAGCCUCGUUUGUUUGCUCCUGUGCACGCUGCUCGACCGGAUUCGAUGAUGGCAUGUGCUCUGCUGAUCGCACAAAAAACAAGCCUCCCAAGCGCNGGGGGGGGGGG